AUGUCAUCAACAGCGACAUCAAUUCCUUCUUCUACAGGAGAUAGUAAUAAAAUGAAAUUUAAACUUGCAUGUAUUCAGUUAGCAGUAACCUCAAACAAACAAACAAACUUGACGAAUGCAAAGAAUAAAAUUUUGGAAGCUUCUAACAAUGGAGCAAAACUUAUUAUAUUGCCAGAAGUUUUUAAUUCACCAUAUGGAACUGAAUAUUUUGAUGAAUAUGCAGAAAAUAUACCACAGGGGGAUAGUAUAAAGAUGUUAUCUGAAGUAGCAAAGGAAGCCAAGUCUUAUGUAAUUGGAGAUGAAUCAAAUGGAAAAUUGUAUAAUACAUCAACGGCAUAUGAUACAAAUGGUAAAUUGAUUGCAAAACAUCGUAAAGUUCAUUUGUUUGAUAUAGAUAUACCUGGAAAAAUCACAUUUCAAGAAAAAUAUGGUAAAAUGGGAUUAGGAAUAUGUUAUGAUAUCAGGUUUCCUGAAAUGGCAAUGAUAGCAGCCAGAAAAGGUUGUGUUGCAAUGAUUUAUCCCGGAGCAUUUAAUUUAACAACUGGGCCAUUACAUUGGGAACUUUUACAAAGAGCGAGAGCUGCAGAUAAUCAAUUCUUUGUGGCAACAUGUUCUCCUGCGCGUGAUAUGAAAGCUAAUUAUCAUGCAUGGGGUCAUUCGACUAUCGUAGAUCCAAGCGGAAAAAUACUCGCUACAACAGGCCAUGAAGAAGAUAUUGUUUAUGCAGAUAUCGCGAUACCAUUGAAUAAUCAACGAAGAUUUGAUCUUUAUCCUAAUAUUUCUGAUUUAUAA